GGCUUUCCCCGUGCUUGGUUGCCGUGGGCAACGGCACCUUUCUUCCUCCUGUUUCCCCCCCACCCAUCCCCCCAUCGAUUCUUGCUUCCAGGCACAAUGUCGUGGGACCCCGUGAACACGCUCUGUGAGCAACUGGUGAAGGCGGUGACGGCGAUGAUGGACCCGGCCUCUACGCAGCGCUACCGUUUAGAGGCCCUCAAGUUUUGUGAAGAAUUUAAAGAAAAAAGUCCAGUUUGUGUUCCUUGCGGGUUGAAAUUAGCAGAAAAAUCCCAGACUGCUAUUGUCAGGCAUUUUGGUCUUCAGAUCUUGGAGCAUGUGGUGAAAUUUCGAUGGAAUACUAUGGGUCGACUUGAGAAAGUCUUUUUGAAGAACAAUGUCAUGGCACUAAUAUCCAAUGGUACCCAGAAUAUUUUAGAAGAAGAAAGUCACAUUAAGGAUGUUCUCUCUCGCAUUGUGGUAGAGAUGAUUAAACGUGAAUGGCCACAGCAUUGGCCUGAUAUGCUGAAGGAACUGGACACGCUGUCUGAAGAAGGGGAAACCCAGACAGAGUUAGUGAUGUUCAUACUUCUGCGCCUGGCAGAAGACGUGGUUACUUUCCAGACAUUGCCAGCCCAACGACGACGGGAUAUUCAGCAAACUCUUUCCCAAAAUAUGGAGAAAAUUUUCAGUUUCCUGCUAAAUACACUACAGCAAAAUGUUAAUAAAUACAGAUGUGCGAAAAUGGAUGCAGCUCAAGAAUCAAAAGCACAAGCAAAUUGUCGAGUAGGAAUUGCAGCACUCAAUACUCUGGCUGGUUAUAUAGACUGGGUGGCUAUGAAUCAUAUCACAGCAGAUAAUUGCAAGCUACUGGAGAUGCUGUGCUUGCUUUUGAAUGAGCCAGAGCUUCAAAUAGGAGCAGCAGAGUGCCUCCUGAUUGUAGUCAGCAGAAAGGCGGGUCCCUCGCUAGGCGCUACGGAACAUGAGCCCCAGCCUCCGCCACUGCUGCCGCGCCGCCAUGCCGGCCAAGAGGAAACUGGUGCUGCCGGCCCUCAACAUCAUCCCCACCAUCGCCGAAGGACCAAGCGCCACCGGCGGCGGCAAGGGCGACGGCUCCGAGGAAAACUGGAAGAUCGCAAGCCCUUAAUGGUUUUGUUUGGGGAUGUUGCCAUGCACUAUAUUCUCUCUGCUGCCCAGACUGCAGAUGGUGAAGAUUUAGUGGAAAAGCAAUAUGUUUUCUUAAAGAGACUUUGCCAAGUAUUAUGUUCCUUGGGCAGCCAACUGUGUGCAUUAGUGGGCCCUGAUUCUGAUGUAGAAAUACCUAUCAACUUGGGGAAAUACCUUGAGUCAUUUCUAGCUUUCACAACCCAUCCCAGUCAGUUCUUACGUUCUUCUACUCAGAUCACAUGGGGUGCUCUUUUUCGGCACGAAGUCCUGUCACGUGAUCCUGUAUUGUUGGCUAUUAUCCCAAAUUAUCUGCGGGCAUGCAUGACUAAUCUAGUGAAGUUGGGAUUUCCAUCCAAGACAGACUGUCCUAGUUGUGAAUAUUCUCGUUUUGAUUUUGACAGUGAUGAAGACUUCAAUUGCUUCUUCAAUUCUUUCCGUGCACAACAGGGAGACGUGAUAAGGAUGGCAUGUCGGCUAGACCCUAAUACUGGCUUCCAGAUGGCUGGGGAAUGGCUAAAAUACCAGUUGUCCCUUCCUGUUGAUACUGGAACUGUGAAUUCUAAAACAAAUGAAAGAUCCUACUCCAUUUUUUCUCCUUCCUUUGUGCAUUGGGAUGCUAUGACCUUUUUCUUAGAAAGCAUCAUUAGCCCGAUGUUCCGAACCAUGGAUAAAGAAAAAAUCCCAGUCUCUCAAGGCAUAGAACUAUUGCAACUUGUGCUUGGCUUUGAAACAAAAGACCCCCUGAUUCUGUCCUGCAUCCUUUCUAAUAUAUCAGCGCUCUUUCCAUUUGUUACGUACAGACCAGAAUACCUGCCAGAAGUUAUUGCCAAGCUGUUUGCCUCUGUCACCUUUGAAGUUGUAGAAGAAAGCAAGGCGCCAAGAACCCGUGCAGUAAAGAAUGUGAGAAGACAUGCUUGCUCCUCCAUCAUCAAAAUAUGUCGGGAUUACCCUCAACUUGUUUUGCCCAACUUUGACAUGCUGUAUAAUCAUGUGAAGCAGCUGCUGUCCAAUGAGCUGCUCCUGACUCAGAUGGAGAAGUGUGCUCUCAUGGAAGCCUUGGUCCUCAUUAGCAACCAAUUUAAGGAUUAUCAGCGGCAAAAAGCUUUCUUGGAAGAGCUUAUGGCUCCUGUUGCUACACUUUGGUUAUCUGAUGAGAUGCAAAGAGUUCUUAUGAAUCCUGAAGAUUUUAUCCGAUAUGUUGGUGCUGAUAAUAGGAUUGUAGAUCCCAUCAUGGAAGAUCCCUGUGGUUUGAAUCGUUCCAGAAUAAGCUUUUGUGUAUACACAAUUCUGGGGGUUAUAAAACGAGCUCGUUGGCCCACUUCCUUGGAAGAGGCAAAAGCUGGAGGAUUUGUGGUGGGAUAUACACCUAAUGGCAAUCCAAUCUACCGUAACCCCUGCUCAGUGCAGAUCCUGAAACUUUUUGACAACUUGCUUGCUCUGAUAAGGACCCACAACAAUUUGUAUAUGCCAGAGAUGGUGGCUAAAUUGGGAGUUACCUUUGCAAAGGCCUUUGACAUGCUGGAAGUGGAGAAGAAUACCAUUCUUGGUCUCCCUCAGCCUUUGAUGGAACUUUAUGACCCUCCUGUUUACAAAACAGUCUUGGAAAGGAUGCAGGGGUUCUUCUGUACACUAUAUGACAACUGCUUUCACAUUCUGGGUAGUGCUGGCUCAUCCAUGCAGCAAGAUUUCUAUGUUGUUGAGGGUCUAGCAGCUGAACUACUUAACUCAGUCUUCAUCAAUCUGGACAAUAUUCCUGACUACAGACUCCGCCCUAUUCUUCGUGUUUUUGUGAAACCUUUGGUUAUCUCCUGCCCACCCGAACACUACGAAUCUUUGAUCUGCCCUAUACUUGGACCACUGUUCACCUACCUACAUAUGAGGCUGUCUCAGAAAUGGCAAGUUAUCAAUCAGCGGAGUUUGAUUUGUGAUGAAGAUACAGUAGAUGAUAACCCAGAAUCUCAAGAGAUGUUGGAAGAGCAGCUGGUUAGACUGCUCACUCGAGAAGUUAUGGAUCUAAUUGCUGUUUGCUGUGUGUCAAAAAAAGGUGCUGAGCAGAAUAAUACAGUUUCUGCAGAUGGAGACGAUGAGGAGAUGAUGUCCACAGAGGUGACUCCAUCAACCAGCUCCGAGCUUACUGAAUUGGGCAAAUGCUUAAUGAAACAAGAGAAUGUCUGUACUGCUCUGCUAAUUACGGCUUUCACAUCCCUUUCCUGGAAGGAUACCUUGUCCUGUCAAAGAACUACCACCCAACUCUGCUGGCCAUUGCUCAAGCAGGUGCUCACAAAGAAUAUGAUGAUCCCUGAAGCAGUGACCUGGUUUUUCACAAGCGUACUGAAAGGCUUACAGGUUCACGGACAACACGAUGGCUGUAUGGCAGCACUUGUCCACUUGGCUUUCCAGAUCUACGAAGCUUUGCGUCCACGCUAUGCCGAGUUGAAAACAGUGAUGGAACAAGUUCCAGAAAUCCAGACAUAUUCCCUGGAGCAGUUUGAUUCCAAACUACUCAAUGUAACGCUUCAGAAGGUGGCAGACAAACGGCGGAAGGACCAUUUCAAACGCCUAAUUGCAGGCUGCAUAGGGAAGCCCCUAGGAGAACAAUUCAGGAAAGAAGUCCACAUCAGAAACCUUCCAUCUCUUUUCAAGAAGGUGAAAGCGCCCCUAGGACAAGACGUUUUUGAGAACAAUGAAGAUGAAAUCCUCAUUGCCCUCUUUGAGCCAUAAGCUGAAGACAAUUCCACUCCCUUUUUCCUCCUUUAUACUCUGUCUUGUUUCAUAGUAGCCAUAUUUCCUUUCUUUCUUCCUUUCCUGAGCCUUGAUACAGUUCUCACUGGCCUCAUUCUCCUUUUGGGGGGCGGGGGGAAUGGGGAAGAUUUUCUAGCGCCACUUGCAAACUUUACGGUAUACCUUUCUUUUUUUACUGUUGGAUGGCAGUUGCUGAGGCAUUCCAGUCCAACUGUCAUUUGGCCAGUUCUUUAGGAACAAACCUUCAUACAUGCAUACAGUACUUGAUAGGGAAGGGAGAAGAUUCUGCAGCCUCUCAUUUUCUCUGCCACUUCUCCUUCAGGACACCUGUAUGGUUGCUGCCUCAACAUGACACUAAUAGGAUACUCCUGCUUCCCUGUUGGAAAGACACCGCUUGGAUGAAGAAAUGCAGAUGUGCAUAUUGGAUAUUGAUGAAUCACUUAAGUUACGCUAACUCCAAAUUUUAUUAUUUUCGAGAAGUAGCACUUGGCCAUAUGUUCCACCAAACCAAGCACCAAUGAGAAUCUGAGAGUGAAAACAUUUUUUUAAUUCAACCCUCAGGGAGCCUCAAGUUAAAUACACAUCAUUUGCCCUAGAAACAUGGUUGAAAUAGGUAUUCUAGCUGUCAAAAGUCAUAAUUUUCUAAACAAAAGGAAUUCAGAAUUAUUUUAUACUGGUCUAAAAUAACAUGCUGAAAUGUGCCCUUGAAUGUAGAGCAGUACAGUUCUGGAUUAUUUUGUUCGGUGUCUGAUGGUACAGACUGCCUCCAGGCCAGGUCUUAAAUGUUUGUUCAAGAGAGAUAAAAUGUGGGCGUAAAUUUGCCAGAUUUUAAUUUUCAGUCUGAAGAACUAGUAUCAAAUAAAUCUUUCCUUAGUGACUGCUGUAAUA